CGAUCAAAGUCCUCCCUGUUUAUAAAUUGGAUCACACACUUCUGGAAGAGGCAGGUACGUAGAGGACCGACAGGACGACACUGGGAAUUUUUGUCCUUCUAUCUGUCUUUUGUUUUUUUAAUAACACUGUUUUGUUUUGUUUUGAGGGUUUUUUUGUGAUUGACAAUGGCUCAUCGCUUCGCCAACGAUCUCAUUUGUCCGGUGUGUUUUGAGAUUUUCAAAGAUCCUGUGUUGCUGUCGUGCAGCCACAGUUUCUGUAAAAAAUGUCUGGACAGUUGGUGGGCGGACAAAGUGGUUUGCACUUGUCCAGUGUGUAAUCAAAAUCCGAGUGGUGUUCCGGCAAGUAACUUGGUUUUGAAAAACCUCUGUGAAGCCUUCUCAGGAGAACUUUCUGUGAGUGAGGACACCUCUGCGGGAUCGGAGGCUCUCUGCAACCUGCACUCGGAGAAACUGAGGCUCUACUGUUUGGACCAUCAGCAACCGGUGUGUGUCGUCUGUCGUGAGUCCAAAGCACACUUCAACCACAGCUUCAAACCCAUCGAUGAAUGUGCGGAUGAUUACAGGGACAGUCUCAGGACGUCCUUGAAGCCCUUACAACAAAAUCUCGAUCUUCUGAAUCAGGUUAACACCGACUGGAAUCUUAUACUGAAGCACAUUGACAUACAGGCACAAGAUACAGAGAACAUGAUCACUAAAGAGUUUCACAAACUCCAGCAUUUCCUACAGCAAGAGCAGGAGAAGAGGAUCGCUGCAGUGAAAGAGGAGGCAGAACAGAAGCGCUUUAUGAUGAAGGAGAGGAUUGAGGCUCUGAGCAAAGAGAUCGAAUCCCUGUCUGAUGUAGUCAGAGCCACAGAGGAGCAACUAAGAGCCACAGACAUCUCAUUGCUCAAAAAAUACCCGGCUACAACGAAAAGAGUUCAAAAUCAAUGUCUGCAGCAGGAGCCAAAACUGUCGUUUGGCGUUUUGGUAGAUAAGGCAAAGCAUUUGGGCAACCUGGCCUACAAGGUAUGGAACAAAAUGAAAAACAUGGUCACUUACACUCCGGUGAUUCUUGACCCAAACACUGCUGAGCCUCAUCUUGUAAUAGGUGCUGAUCUGAGGACUGUACUAUACAGAACAACAGAAACGGCGCUUGUGAAAAACCCAGAGAGGUUUGAUAGAUUCAUCACAGUCCUGGGAUCUGAUGGUUUUACCUCUGGGAAGCACAGCUGGGAGGUUGAAGUUAGACACGACGUAAACUGGGCAGUGGGCGUGGUAAAAGCAACCAGCCGAAGGAAGGGAGAGACACUGACAGAUUUCUGGGAAAUAUGGUUCGAGGACAAUAAAUACAGGGCGUUCGCUCCGUCACAUACAGACAGAGUUUUGACUCUACGGCAACACAUACAGAUCAUCAGGGUGACACUGGACUGGGACAGAGGGAAGCUGAUCUUCUCAGACCCACUUACAAAUACCACCAUCUAUACAUUCUCACACAGGUUCACUGAGGCACUGCUUCCAUUCAUUAACACUGACAGUGAGACGCCAUUGAGAAUAUUACCGGUGAAAAUCAACGUUCAGUUGGACUCGUAGAAAACUGAUAUGCUGAGAUCUUUUAUAUGCUGAGUUGUUGAGCACUUCAACCUCAGGCUCGUGGACAAGACGUGGUACUGUGAGAUUGGAUGCAAUGAUUGUAUAUAGACCAGAUAUGUCGCUGUUUUUUCAAAACAUUUGAGGUGCACACGGCAAAUCAGCUACUGUAGUAUUUUUAAUAGAAGACAGUACAUAGGCAAAGGGAGUACUGGUAAAUCAAUUUAAAAAAUAAAUAAUAAUAAUCUGGAUGGUAAGCAGUAAGACCAAUGUAGUAACCAUGUAAGUAUUGAAUCAUGUUGUGCCAUAUACAACUACAUGUAUUUAAUCAAAGUUGUGCUUAAAUUUGUGAUUGCUUUUAAACAGCAGAACCACAUAGUGUCACUGUGCUCUUUAAAAUUGUACUGUAGAAUAACUAUUGUACAUAAACAUUCACACACUAUUGUCUUCGAACUAUUGGAGAAAACGUAUUUACGACAUCAAAUUCUGACUUUUUACAAUAUGAAAUCAUGACUGUUUUAUUCAACAUUUAUGACUGGGAUUCACAAAUUGUUACAAUGUGUUUUUUUAUUCAC